AUGUAGAUUUGGUUGCCGAGUGAUUUAGGAAUGCAAAAAAUCUGAGCCAGUAAUUGAUUUUUUAUAAGCUAUUCAAACUGUAAAUUUGACUUGAAUAACCUAGGUAUCCUAUUUCUUUUGAUCGAAGCCCCCUAAGAUGAGGUGCAAACUUGUGGUCCCACACUUUCACUGGACAAAAGAGGCGAUACCUCCCUGUGCUUUUACGCAAACGCACUAACUGUCUACGCAGGACGCCAAGUGAAGGGCCGAGAUUCAACGAUUACCACACAUCAACAAGCGCUUCUUGUGUCGCUGGACACUGGCUAAACAUGCAUCGGACUAUUCAAGUGGGAUUGUUCUGCGUCUGCGAGAAUAACCAACGCGUGAAAAAUGACGGGUUAUAAACUAACAAGAAGUCUCUCAUCUUUGGAAUUGAAUGAAGAGUCUUGUGCCACAACGCAACUCGAAGUGCACCACCAAGGCCAUGAUAGAGGCAGCUUUUCACAUACAGAUGUGUUGUCAGUCUCUAGCUACCGUAAUAAUAGCUAUCAAACUUUUUUUAAAGUUACAAUAGUCAUACUAGCUAUACGUUUAGUCAUGACAUCUAACUGAAAUAUGUAGCUAGCUGGCUAGCUAUAUGUUUAUUUUUGGUAGCUAGCUAGCUCAGAUAGCAUAGAGCUAGCCAGUUAGCGUAGCUAGCUGACGAACUUGUUUUUUAAAUAGCGCUCGAGCUAGCUAACGGUAGCUGAUCAGCUAGCUCAGAUAGCCAGUUGGCGUAGCUAGCUGACGAACUUGUUUUUUUAAAUAGCUUGUUUUAACUAACUCGAGCUAGCUAACGGUAGUUAAUCAGCUAGCUCAGAGAGCAUAGAGCUAGCUAACGGUAGCUAAUCGGCUAGCAUCCUGGCUAGUAAAUGAGACCAUUUAACGGUUGGAGUUGCUAGCCAGUUAGCGAACUACAGUAACACUUUUUUUCUUGUGUCAAAUCUGACAACCACUUUCUAGCUAACUAAUGUUAGCCUGUAGGCUUUUCACUUAACUGUGUUAACUUACCAAUAACGUUAGCUAACGGUAAUAUAUAUAUAUACACAUUUUUUUGUUUGUUUUUAAUUUCUAAAUAGUUAACAUUACCUUACUCGACUAGGUGUAUGGUGUAGCUAGCUAGCGGACUUUUCCACCGUGCCUGGACUGACCGACCCCACCAGGACAAGCCGGGGCCGAUGCAGACGGUCCUGAUCACGGCAACGUAAGGAGCCAUGCAGCCGCAGCAAAUAUACGACUUUUCAAGUGACGAGAACAGUCACAAAUGGCGAGGCCUCUUCGUGCAAGCGUUGCGAAAGGUGCAGCUGCAGGUGCAUCCCACCCUGUCAGCCAAGGAGGGAGCUCUGGAGCACAUCGAAGAGCUGAUCCUGCAGCUCCUCAACAUGCUGUGUGUGGCCCAGCCGCGCUCUGUACAGGACGUGGAGGAGCGUGUCCAGAAGACCUUCCCCCACCCCAUAGAUAAAUGGGCCAUAGCUGACGCCCAGUCGGCCAUCGAGAAGAGGAAGAGGAGGAACCCCCUACUGCUCCCUGUGGAUAAGAUACACCCUCUACUCAAGGAGGUGCUGGGUUAUAAGAUAGACUACCACGUCUGCCUCUACAUCGUGGCGGUUCUAGAGUACAUAUCAGCUGACAUCCUGAAGCUAGCAGGAAACUACGUUGGUAACAUCAGACACUAUGAGAUCAGCCAGCAAGACAUCAAGGUGUCCAUGUGUGCAGACAAGGUCCUAAUGGACAUGUUUGACCAGGACGAGGACAUCGGUCUGGUGUCUCAGUGUACGGAGGAGCCGUCGUCGUCGGGAGAGCUGACCUACGAUGACCUGGUGCGCUUGGAGAUUGCAGAGGAGCGCCAGUACCUGCGGGAGCUUGACCUCAUCAUCAAGGUGUUCCGACAUCACUUCCUGUUCAACAACAAGAUCUUCACGCCUCAGGAUGUUGAGGUUAUCUUCAGCAACAUUUCGGACAUUCAUGAGCUGACGGUCAAACUUCUGGGGCUGAUAGAGGACGCAGUGGAGAUGACCGCUGACACUAGCCCUCAUCCUCUGGUGGGCAGCUGCUUCGAGGACCUGGCAGAGGAGCAGGCGUUUGAUCCUUAUGAGACCCUGUCUCAGGACAUCCUGUCCAGACAGUUCCACGAGCACUUCAGCAGCCUGAUGGCCCGGCCUACUGUAGGACUAUACUUCCAGUCCAUAGCUGAAGGUUUCAAGGAGGCGGUUCAGUACGUCCUGCCACAGCUCAUGAUGGUUCCUGUAUACCACUGUUUGCACUACUUUGAACUACUGCAGCAGCUGCAGGAGCACAGUGAGGAGCAGGAUGACCGAGAGGGUCUGAAGCAGGCCAUCACCGCUCUGCUCAACCUCCAGUGUAGCGUGGAACGCAUCUACACCAAACACCUGCCCCGACGCAAGCCUGGGUAUGAACCAUACGUCUUCACAGGACAACUCUCACGCUGCCCUGUUUUCAAUGCUCCAGCACGCUGCCCUGUUUUCAAUGCUCCAUGUCUCCCGUCUCUCUCUCACUGUCUCCCGUCCCUCCCUCGGUCUGUCUCUCCCUCGGUCUGUCUCUCUCUCUGUCUCAGGUGUAUUGUGGAAGCAGAGAACCUGGAUGAGAGAGUAGCGGUGUUAACGCGGGUCAUUGAGAUCCUUCAGGUGUUUCAGGAGCUCAACAACUUCAAUGGUGUUCUGGAGGUGGUCUCUGCCAUCAACUCUGUCCCCGUCUACCGGCUCGACCACACCUUCGAGGCGGUCCCCGAGAGGAAGAAGAGGAUCCUAGAGGAAGCAGUGGAACUGAGCCAGGACCAUUUCAAGAAGUACCUGGCUAAGCUCAAGUCCAUUAACCCACCCUGCGUGCCUUUCUUUGGUAUCUACCUGACCAACAUCCUGAAGACAGAGGAGGGGAACCCCGACUUCCUGAAGAGACACGGCAAAGAGCUGAUCAACUUCAGUAAGAGGAGGAAAGUAGCCGAAAUCACAGGAGAGAUACAGCAGUACCAGAACCAGCCGUACUGUCUCAAGGUCCAGCAGGACAUCAAGAGGUUUUUUGAGAACCUGAACCCGAUGGGCAGUCUGGGUGAGAAGGAGUUCUCUGACUACCUGUUCAACAAGUCUCAGGAGAUAGAGCCUCGCAACUGCAAGCAGCCGCCACGAUUCCCCAGGAAGACCCUGUACCCCCUGAAGUCCCCGGGGAUCCGGCCGGUGCGUACCUCUACGUCAGGGACCCUGAAGGGCCACCCCGUACCCCUGGAGAGAGAGCCCCCACACAAGAUCACCUUCAGGAGCAUCGCUGAGACAGAGCAUGAGACCUCUUCCGUAGCCUCGGUCCCCACCUCACCCAGCACCCCUACGCCCCCACAGUCUGCCUGCUCAGACCUCAGCUCUGUCUUCAUGGAACCAGAUCUCUAUAGUGUUUAUGGUGGCUCAACUUCUCUCUGUGGCCAUUUUAUAUCAGGUGGAAACUCCAUAUUCUGUUCUGUUCUCCUCCCGCCCUCAAAGUUCCACUCAGUGUCUUGUGGAAGCCUUCACCAGCUAGGAGAGGAGUUACUGAAGCCCCCUCCACUUCCCCCUCGCAGGAAGGAUGCUUUCUCUGAGACCAAGUUGAGUUCCAGGUCCAAAGGUCCCCCAGCCAUCCCCCCCAGACUGCCCCCUCCUCUCCCCAGGGUCCAGCCCCGCACCCCAGUCUACAACGGCCUCAGCGACGGCCCCCUCCCCAGCAGCCCCCCACCUCCACCACCCCGGGACCCCCAGCCAGACACCCCUCCCCCCGUCCCCCAGAAGCCACCAGAGAUCUUCAUUAACUACCCCCCGAACCUCCAACCCUCCCCCCUCGGCCGCUUCCACUGGGAUUUUGGCAGUUCCCCCUCCUCCCCUGGAACGCCCCCGGGUUCCCCCUCGCCCCGCGUCCCCCGACGGAGCUGCCUGCUCAGCGCCAGCCAGAACAGUCUCUGCCCACUCCCCCUGCCCAUCAUGGCCCCACCUGUACCUCCCCGCCACAACUCCUCCUCCCAGCUCCCCAAACUUCCCCCAAAGACCUACAAGAGGGAGCUGUUGUCACCUCCUUUACAGAGCCUCUCAAUGGUGGAGAGCACAGAGGGUAGCCAAUGAGGAGCCUCCUUGCUUCUUUUGUUGUUUCCUUCUCAUCAUGGCUGCUGCUCCACACAAUACAAACUGUAUCAUACUAUGACCUCAUGACACAGAGCGAUUUAAAAACAAACUAAUCAGGAUUUUUUUUUUAAAGCUACUGAUCGUAACAAAGACUCCAAACCCCUCCCACUCAUCUCCUACAUUGACCAAUCACAACACGGCCACUCCUCUCAGGGUAUCAGUAGCCCCACCUUCAUUUCAAGCCCUCUGUGCCAAUGGAUAAUCCACACCAGUGUGCCAGCCAAUGAACAAGGAGCCCCAAGACACUGACUCCUCCUCUGUGUGCAGUACACGUCACACACCUGUACACAACAUUGACUGUGUCAUUUUCUUCAUAUAGAUAUUCCACUCUGUACUGGAGUGGACAGGACAGUAUGCCAUAGUCCAGCAAGUAACUCUCCUACCCCCAAAAGAGACACUGUGCUGAACCCAGAAAGGAGAGGGCCGUGUCCUCUUCAGCCUGUCCUGGUGGUUGGGGACUAUACAGACCACUGACACUUCCAUCGGCAUGGACAGGUCUUCUCACUGCCAACGCUUUGUGUGGAUCUAUGGGCAUUGUUGCGUUGGCACACGGUUGUGUUUGCGAACGCCAUUCACUCGUUCACCCCAGGAGUCAGUCCUCCUGUCCUGUGGUUCACGGACGGACGGACUCCACUCUGGACCGUACAAGACCUCAAUGCUCUUUUUAUCAUGGAACUAAUCAAACACACAUUUACUGUUGGUUCUGUCUGGAACAAGCACGAGGAUCAUCAAAGUGUUGGAAGUUCUCCUCGUGAGGCUCCUCCCAUCUGUGUCGACUCCCACUUUUUAGUGACCAGUCCUAUGUUCUGCAGGGGGUCAUAUAAGGGAUUCAUGUUUUGAGGAAUGACUAACUAAAACUGGACUGUGGAUAUUUCCAUCCAGUCGUUCAGACAUUACCAACCUGAUCGUUGUCACACUGAAAUCAUUCCCCUCCUUUGUUUUGUUGGUCUCCACUGUGCACUGAACUGAGUAGAGCUGUGACUGUAAUGGGUGUGAGCUCAGCGGUAUUCACAGGGCUGUGUUACUGUGUGGUACAGGAGGAUCAUAUAGCCCUGGACAUGGGGUCCUUGCUGUAGUUGGUAGCUACAUCCAGCCCUGCUGGUCCUAGAAUUACCCUCCAUUUCAGAUGUUGCCUUUGACCCCACACUACUGACCUCUGUAGGCCUCUGCUAGAGGGAUGGGUGGUGUGUGUUCGCUCCACCCUCUGCUAGAGGGACGGGUGGUGUGUGUUCGCUCCACCCUCUGCUAGAGGGACGGGUGGUGUGUGUUCGCUCCACCCUCUGCUAGAGGGAUGGGUGGUGUGUGUUCGCUCCACUUGCACAUAAAGCUUGGUCAACGUUGGUUUUGUCUACCCUUUUUUUAGUCAUAUGAUGGAUAUCAAAGAGCUCCGAUCUCGGAAAAGGAUUUGACGACAACCUUGAUAUCUCUUCUCCUCUUCUCCACUGAGAUAUCUCUUCUCCUCUACCCUCUCCUCUGAGAUAUCUCUUCUCCUCUACCCUCUCCUCUGAGAUAUCUCUUCUCCUCUACCCUCUCCUCUGAGAUAUCUCUUCUCCUCUGCCCUCUCCACUCUGAUAUCUCUUCUCCUCUGCCCUCUCCACUCUGAUAUCUCUUCUCCUCUGCGAUAUCUCUUCUCCUCUGCGAUAUCUCUUCUCCUCUUCUCCUCUGAGAUAUCUCUUCUCCUCUUCUCCACUGAGAUAUCUCUUCUCCUCUACCCUCUCCUCUGAGAUAUCUCUUCUCCUCUACCCUCUCCUCUGAGAUCUCUCUUCUCCUCUGCCCUCUCCUCUGAGAUAUCUCUUCUCCUCUGCCAGUGACGUGGUGACAACAGCAGCCAGACCUUUAUCUGUCCAGGGUAGCGAGCAGAUUGCAACAUGCUAAUGUGAGGCUCCGUUAGCCGUUACAUGUUAGUUACUGUUUGGUGUAGGGUCAGAUCGACCAGCCUUAACUUGUCCAUACUUCCCUCAAUUGCCGACUUGGAAGACAACCAAUGUCCUCUAAAUGUCCUUGUCUAGUUGCAGGGGGUUUGUUUGAAUUUUAGAAAAUGCUGCGUAAUUAAAAAAUUACUCCAUGAAGUAAAUCCAACAUUGUGUAUGCCGCCAUCUUGUCAAUUUCAAAUAAAGGAAUAUUUUCUACA